AUGGAUCGCUUGCGAAGAUCCAAAUCUGCGCGCUCCGUCCGGCGAAGCCACCACAGCUCCGUCUCCAGCGACACCUCCGAUCCUGUUGUCGCGAGACAACACGCCACCACAGCUGCCUCUCUCGCGAUGCUGCGCUCCAAGUGCUCGUAUGAUGCUCUGGGCGGCCCUGGAAGCAUGGCAGUGCCCUCUAGAAGCCAUCGAUAUACUAGAUCGCGGCAAAACGCAAGCAAUUGCCCCCUCGACAGCGCAAUUUCUCGCUCCUCAGUUACCAUGGACUCCAGCACACACGGCGAGGACUACUCGUCUGUGACACUGCCUUCCAUAAGCGAGUUUCAGGGUUUCGACAGCCAAGAUUAUUUUUUGCCCUCGUCUUAUAGACGUCUGCGCAAGUCACGAUCCAUGUUCUCCACUGGACAACGCUGUUCGCGCAUGUCUCACGGAGUCUCCUCCCCCUUGAACGAUGCUACAAUUACUGAGGGCGAGCAAGCCUCGCGUACGGCACGCACUUAUGGCACCUUGCGGCGUUCAAUGUCUUUUCUUCGCGGGGAAAAGCCGCCGGCUGGUCCGCUACGGCAUGUGCAGAGUCAUGACACGGCAAUUGACCUGGCUCGCAAUCAGUUUCAACAGCAGUCGGCAGAUGACUCCCCUCAGACGGAACAGCCGCGGCUGUCUGUGCCUAAAACUCGUCGAGAGCAUAGAGCAUUCAGAAAAACGCUUCGUCCGACCGCAUCGGCUGCGGGUGCUGCUGGCACGCCUUCGGCUCCCCAGCCCAGAAGCGUUCACUCUUAUGGAAAAGCGAGAUCUCUCUCUUCGUCCAUCAAGAAAGGAAUCAAGAAGGUCUUGGGUCUUUCGAGACCAUCUGCGGGCGAAGUCGUGGCGCCGGGGGGUUCUCCAUCCCACCAGGACAAGACAGGGACAGGUGUCAAUGAACGGGGCACUGGGCGCUGGGUAACGCACAGCCCCCACACUCCUACUACGACUCAUCUUGAAGCCUAUGUACACACGAAACAGUAUCCAGACGCCGUGAUUGCCGAAAGCUCAGAAAGCGUGGCUACGAGUCGCUCUCGCGUGACAAGCUGGGCAGACUCGACCGUUGCAAAUACUAUUGUGACCGGCAACAUAGGUGGUCGAAGCCAUUUGUCGGUAAUUGAAGAGAAAGUUCAUUCGGAACAGGCCCUUGCAGGUGCUUCGUCCUAUGAAAACAGCCCCAUUUCCCACGGUAGCUCUGUCAGGCCAACAACCAAGAUUGACAGCCAACGGUUGUAUUCCGCCUUGAUGAGAAGGAUUGGUGAGGGCAAAGCACCGGAUGCAAGCGAAAGCAUCGCCAUUGGUCAUGUCAAAGAGCAUCGCAUCGUCCCAACGCCUGCUGCCUCAGUAGCUGUGCGUCACAAUGGGCAGACCGUCCGUAUGAUUCCUAGUGAUGAAUCCAUCCCAUCAUCCAAGUCCUUCAUCACCGCGAACGCCGGCACGAAGACUCCGCCGCGACGGUCACAGUGUCCCACUCAGUGCCUCCCAGAAUCCUCUUGUCCUGGCAAGAACCGAUUGAGGACCUCCUUGACCUCUGGUAACGAGGGCAUUGCUCUUACAAGGGCCAGCAAGCCGUCUAUGGAGGUAGCCGCCGGACGCCUAGGUACCCCCGAUCAUCAGAGUCCUGACGCAGUUUCCAACUCUCCCAGUGUAUAUUCUCGCUCCACCGGCGGCAAGUCGCUCGAUACAACCAACGGCGAGGUUUCCUCCAAGUUGCCAGACGAGCCAGGAACGGCUACAAUCUACGACACUCACCGAGCUACCUACAGCUCCCCGAAGCACUAUCCGGAAGUUCAUUCACGUCGAGCAUCGGCCCGGCCCAGCGCGGACUGGAAGCAAUGGAUGCACACGGAGAUUGCGAAAAUUGAGAAUCUCAACCCCACCCAAUCCCACUAUCGCGAGAAUGCACAGAUCCAAAGCGAUGAAGAUGACUUAUUUAGCGAAGCUUCCACUCGCUGGAUCGAGAGAGCUCAAGGCGGUGUCUUUAUCGACGACGAUAUGUGGUCGGAUCGCAAGGUCACUUCGACUAGCAAUUUUUCGCGUCCCUUCAGCCGGUCGUCCAGUGUUCAGACCGUAGUAACCACGAGAAGAGAGCAGAACGACGGACCAGCGCCCCCGCCGCUGCCUUCUAGACCGAUGUCUCCAAGCUUCACCCACCAUGCGAUUAGCUACGGCCCCUUCCAGAGUCAAAUCGAUUCUCGCAGGGACAGUUUUGCGUUGUCGCCAAUGCAAACAAUUCCAUCAAACCGAUUCCGCAUGCCCGAGUCCCCGACACCGCGAAGAGACAAAUCUGGAGGAGUAUCUCAUAAGAUGGCGAGUGCAACGUACGGCAGACAUCCGGCCAGGUGCCCCCCGGCAGCGCGGGAUUCCAGGUCCCUGCAUGGUCGAACGAGUCGAGGGUAUCGCGACCACCGACAGCUAACCAAUGAGAACGUGAAAGUCGAGAACGACUACCAUGACAUGAAGGGUCAGGAUACUCCAUCGCCAAGUUCAUGCUCGCCCAUAUCGAGCAAGCGUAUGGUGGAGAUGUUUUUGGAGAGCCGACGACGCCAGGCUGGGGUGGAAGCGACUGAUGGGGGUGCUAUGAGUGCCUUCAUCUAG